AGAAGAGAUUUCAUGGGAUUUUAAUCUCCAUACUCUCAUAGAUUUAUCUCUCUCACGGUCACGCCUAUCUCGUUCGUUCUCUGUCUGUUCAGUUUGUAUGCUUGUGCAGUCUCAUUCUUCUCGUUCUUCAGUCCUCGCCAACUCUCACCUUCUCUUUUGGUUUCUUCUGUAACCGCUCUGUUUUCGUGCGUGUCUUUCGUUCUGUCUGACUCAAUUCAUUUAUUCCCUCUCUAUUUUGGACGUUUUGUUUCUGAUAUAUCUUUAUCUCUGUCUCCCUCCCUCUCUCUCUCUCUCUCUCUCUGUCCGUGCUGCCGAAAUCCUCAGAUCCGUACAGAGAACAGAUUGAUUCCCAUGUUAGUACUUUGACCGAUCUUUCGAUUCCGGACGGUCGUAGCAAGCGAUGGGGCAGUGCUACGGCAAGAACAUUCCCGUCGUCGUCGAAGACGACAUCACCUCCCGCACCGGUGAUCGUCCUCAGACGCCCCCCACUUCAACUCCUUUUAACGGCGCCGUUAGCGUGCCAUCAGUGAAGCACUCAUCAGCUCAUUCCUCUUCCAACAGCCCCUGGCCCAGCCCUUUCCCUCAUGGCACUGCUAGCAGCCCUCUUCCUCCGGGAAUCUCUGCCUCGCCGGCGAGGUCUACUCCGCGUAGGUUUUUCCGCCGCCCCUUCCCUCCUCCUUCUCCGGCGAAGCAUAUCAAGGCCUCCCUCGUCAAAAGGUUUGGACACUCUAAGCCCAAGGAAGGGCCGAUCCCUGAGGAUGGCACUGAAGUUGAGCGCUCGCUCGAUAAGAACUUUGAGUAUUCCAAAAAUUUCGAGACCAAGUACGAAUUGGGGAAGGAGGUUGGCCGUGGGCAUUUCGGUCAUACGUGUUCCGCCAAAGGCAAGAAAGGGGAGGCUAAAGGUCACCUUGUUGCUGUCAAGAUCAUCUCCAAAGCUAAGAUGACGACAGCAAUAUCAAUUGAAGAUGUUCGUAGAGAAGUGAAAAUUUUAAAAGCUUUAUCCGGGCACCAGAAUUUGGUAAAAUUUUAUGAUGCAUGCGAGGAUGCCAAUAAUGUCUACAUAGUCAUGGAAUUGUGUGAAGGUGGGGAACUGCUGGACAGAAUUUUAUCCAGAGGUGGAAGGUACACAGAGGAAGAUGCAAAAGCUAUUGUUGUACAAAUAUUAAAUGUAGUUGCCUUUUGCCAUCUUCAAGGUGUUGUACACCGUGAUUUAAAACCGGAGAAUUUUCUCUUUGCCACUAGAGAUGAAGAUGCUCCAAUGAAGCUUAUUGAUUUUGGUCUUUCUGACUUUAUUAGACCAGAUGAAAGACUCAAUGAUAUUGUUGGCAGUGCAUACUAUGUUGCACCUGAAGUUCUCCAUAGGUCAUAUACUAUGGAAGCAGAUAUUUGGAGUAUUGGUGUCAUAACAUAUAUUUUGUUAUGUGGAAGUAGACCUUUCUGGGCACGUACAGAGUCGGGUAUUUUUCGUGCCGUUUUAAGAGCUGAUCCUAACUUUGAUGAUUCACCUUGGCCUGUGGUAACAACCGAAGCCAAAGAUUUUGUGAAAAGGCUUCUGAACAAGGAUCACAGGAAAAGAAUGACGGCAGCACAAGCUCUGACUCACCCAUGGUUGCGAGGUAAAAGCUGUCCUGUGCCUUUAGAUAUAUUGAUCUACAAGUUAGUCAAGUCAUACCUUCGUGCCACUCCUUUUAAACGUGCAGCAUUAAAGGCUUUGUCAAAGGCACUAACUGAGGAUGAACUCAUGUACCUUAGGGCUCAGUAUAGGCUGUUGGAACCCCAUAAAGAUGGGCGUGUUUCUCAUGAGAACUUUAAAAUGGCUCUCCUGCGAAAUGCUACUGAUGCCAUGAAAGAAUCAAGGGUUCUCGACAUUUUAAACACUAUGGAACAACUCUCUCAUCGAAAAAUGGACUUUGAAGAGUUCUGCGCUGCAGCAAUCAGCACAUAUCAAUUGGAGGCUCUUGAGAAGUGGGAGCAGAUUGCGAGUACAGCUUUUGAAUAUUUUGAACAGGAGGGGAACCGAGUUACAUCAGUGGAUGAAUUGGCGCGGGAAAUGAAUCUCGGCCCUACGGCUCACUCGAUCCUAAAUGACUGGAUCAGAAGCUCAGAUGGCAAGCUGAGCUUUCUUGGGUACACCAAAUUUUUGCAUGGUGUGACAAUUCGCAGCUCAAAUACAAGACAUCAGUCAUCUGCAUAGCAUGUGACUUAAUUGUUUCAAAGGUACAUAGGAAGGUUUGCAAAAUUUUUACCCUCUUUACUUGGGAUAGAAGUGUGUGUAAAUGAAUUUAUAGUCAAUUCAGAUGUGAGGCUGCCCGAGGCAAUUCAAAAUGAUUUUGAUCGACCCAGCAAGAAGCUGCCAAGCCUGCGUCCGUGGCACCGCUCCUGUGUAUACCAUUGGAUAUGGGAUUACCCUUCCCAAUCAUUGAUGAUCCAUCUAACUUAUUUGGUAAAAUUUUUCUCCACCUGGAACCAACCCACCUGCUUGUUCUCAAAAUAAUAGGAGACAUUCUCUUUUUCUUAUUUUUUUUAAAGCUAUUUUUCAUGGGUACUUUGAGGAGACCUGGUUGAACUUGGGAUUCAUGUUCAGAUGAGUGGAGCUGUGGGUAAUCGGAUUUUGGAUCCUCUACGCAUACAGAGAGAUUGGAACGUGUAAAUGAUUAGGAAUUUGUGUAUUGUUUGGUCUGGUUGGGAUCUUGUGUAGCUCUUUUAAAAUGAAGGGUCCGCCUGGGGUUCACAUGGUGAAGGAUCACCCUCACUAUCUCCCUCUUUACCCUAUUCAUAUACCGUGUGAUGUAGUAGAUGGUGAAGUGUAAACCCUUUAUUAUUCUAUAGGGUCUUACUAGACUUCAUUAUUUACCAUGUGACCUCACCGUACCCUACUCAUGUGCUGCCAUGUGGAAGAUAAUGGUUCAUUGUGCAUAGUGGCAUUUUUUUUUUUCUUCAUAAAAUAUAGAAAGGAGAAAUUUGAAGUGUUA